GCCAGUUUACCAACCAAAUAUAGGUUCAAUAGAAUCAUUAAUAAUUUUAGGCAUAAAUAAGUGGUAUCAAUAUAUUCCUCAAAGAACUGUGAAACGUAGAAAUACAUAUCGAAUUUUUUUAAACAAAUAAUAUUUUAACUAGCUCAUAAAAAAUGGUAAACGAAGUGUCAAUAAAUGUUUUAACUUUGAAUUGUUGGGGAAUUCCAUAUGUUGCAAAAGAUAGAAAAGCUCGCAUGGUAGCAAUUGCAGAAAAAUUUGCUACAGAAAAUUAUGAUGUUAUUUGUUUACAAGAGGUGUGGUCCAAUGAUGAUUUUAAAAUGAUGAAGGCUAAAACUCAAGAACAACUCCCGUAUUCACAUUAUUUUCAUAGUGGAGUUGCUGGAUCAGGUAUUUGUAUCUUAUCUCGAUAUCCUAUUCAAGAUAUAAUGUUUCAUAAAUGGCCGUUAAAUGGAUAUGUACACAAAAUACAUCAUGGAGAUUGGUUUGGUGGAAAAGGAGUUGGUCUUUGCAAACUUAAAGUUCAUAACUUAAAUAUUCACUUUUAUAUUGCACAUUUACAUGCAGAAUAUAGCAGAUCCAAUGAUGAAUAUAAAGCACAUAGAGUUUUACAAGCUUUUGAUACUGCCCAGUUUAUUAGGAUGACUUCUGGUAGUGCUGAUUCUGUGAUAUUGGGAGGUGAUCUCAAUGCAGAAUCUCAAGAUUUAGCUUAUAAAAUUAUGUGUGGCGUUGCUGGUUUAGCAGAUGCUUGCUCAAAUAGUUCUAGUCAUUUAGGAACCAAUGAAUGUGCCAAUAAUAGCUACACUAGUUCAAAAUUUGCAAGAGCUUUUCCUGAAGGAAAGCGUAUAGAUCACAUUUUAUUCUCAGGUUCAAAAAAUAUUAAAAUAGAGGUAACAGAUUUUCAACAUCCUUUUCCAAAAAGAAUACCUCACAAAGAUUUUAGUUAUUCUGAUCACGAGGCUAUUAUGGCAAGUUUUAAAUUUACCUCUGGAAGCAAGUCUCAGUAUACAAAUGUAGAUAUUAAAGAUUCAUUGAAAGAGGCUAUAAAAAUAUGUGAAAUAUCACUAAAAAGUGUUCGGCGGCAACGAUAUUGGUAUUUAUUAUUAGGUUGUAUAUUAAUUAUACCACUUAUUUGGUCUAUGGGAUUGGAUUGUUCUAUUACAUCUUAUUGUGUAGCCAUUGGAAUUAAUAUAGGUCGUCUUUUUUUAACUGCAGUAUUGUGUUAUACUUUAUUUAUGAGUUCUAUAUGGAAUAUUAUAGAAAAGAAUGCUUUAAAAGCAGCAUGUCUAGGAAUGGAAAUUUAUUUAACAAAUUUAAAUAAUAAUUUAUAUAAACCGUGAAAUUAUAUAAAUUAUACAAUUACAUAACUGAAAAUGAUGACUUUCUUUUUUAACUGUUUAGUUAAAAAUAUCAGAUAUCGUCAUAUUUAAUAAGCAAAUCUUAGCAUUUAUAUAAUAUAUAUAUUAUAUAUAUAUUUACGCAUUAAUGUUUUUACUAUCAUUUUUAUACAACAAUAAUUAAAUUAAAUCGUUUUCUCUUUUCUAUGAAUUACAAUUAUCUAUGUAUCAAUAAUUGCAUAUAAUUUUCAAUUACAAUACAUUUUAAACUAGAUUCCAUAUUUAAUAAAAGUAAACAGUAUUUUAAAUAUCUUACAUUUGUAGAAAGAAUAGACGACAUGUAAAACAUUUUGGUCAGAUAAUAGUUUCCUUAAUUUUUAUUAUUCCAAACCAUGUGAUUCCAUAAAUCGUAUUUAUUAUAAGUUCCUAACAAAACAAUCGAUAUUCGUAGCAAAUAACGUAUUUAAUAUUUUUGUUGUUGUAUUUAAUACAUUUCAUUAUAAAUCAUUCCACAAUGUAAAAAAUUC